AUGGGAGGACAGAUGCGCAUAUCGACAAAUGCAGCAAUUUUUACAGCUGUAGUGACAUUGUGGCUGGGCGCUUUCGGAUUUCUUUACCUGGGUGACUGGUCGCCUGCGCCAGGAAAUAUGGGCUUACUAGACCAACAAGUUGCAUUGCGAUGGGUGCAUAAACAUAUAAGUUCAUUUGGUGGUGAUCCGUCAAAAGUCACUCUAUCCCGCAGUGAUGAAAGGCUUGGUUUACACCUGGACGGGAACAUAUGGCAUAAUGAAUAUUACACGGAUAUAAAAGACACGAGAACUUCUCGAGAACACUCAUUGCGACAGCGCUCCAAUCAGUCCACCACUCAUGUAAGUUAA